AUGCCCACCCCACCCCCGCGCCCCCCCUCCCGCCCCCCCUCCCGCCCCGCCACGCCCCUCCGCCGCUCCAACUCGCGCAGCUCCCUGCACGGCGGCCGCAGCGCCUCCGAAGCCUUCCCGCUCACCACGCUCACGCCCAUGUUCGCCGAGCUCGGCGACGCCAUGGCCACGCUGGAGGCCGACAUGGGCGAUCUCCAGAUCAUGCACGACUCGCUGUCGCGCUUCAGCGAGAGCUUUGCAAGCUUCCUGUACGGGCUCAACAUGAAUGCGUUCUGUAUGGAUUUUACCGAGGCGCCGAUUAAAGAGUCGUUUAAACGCGCAGCAGAGCACGAAGCAUCACUAGGCCACAACAACCCCUAUGACGCCGACCACUGGCGCAACGACCAGGACGCCGGCGAAAUAACCUUCAUGACCACCGACACCUCGUUUGUGCGCGAGCCCCGCGCGCCCUCGCCCACCGCGCACAAGACGCCGCGGCGCGGGGGCGGCACCCGCGGUGGGCGUGGCGGCGUGACGGGGGUGUCAAGAGGGUGA